AUGGAAUCAGAUGGAGAAAAUGUUACAAGCAUUAAAAAGAUAAAGAAAAACAAAAAACCCAAGUUAAAAAUAAAAAAGGACAAAACUGAAAAGAAAAAGGGAUUAUCAAAAAAAAAAAAAAAAAAAGAUGAAAAAACAAAGUUAGAUGAAUUAUAUAAAUUAGAAAUUAAAAAUUAUAAAAAUGGGAAAAAAUUAAAAGGUAAAAAAUAUAAUGAUGAUGACAAUAACAUUUCAGAUGAUUCAGAUUUAUUAAAUAAUGAUUAUGAUGAUAUAAAAGAAAUAUCAAAACAAGUAAAUGAACAAAUUAAAUUAUAUAAACAUUUAUUAAGAAUAAGAAUAUUGACUCAAAAAGUAUUAACAUUAUCAAAUAAGUUACCUUUAUUAUCAUUUGUAACAUUCAAUAAUAAUAUUACACAUAAUGAUCACAUCCAAAAUAAUCAUAAUAAUAGCAUAUUAUCCUUAUUAAAUAAUAUACAAGAAAAUGAAGAAGAAGUAAAAGAACAGAUAACCAAAGUAUUGAUCAUCUUACAUACAUUUUUAAAAAAAUAUUUUCUAAAAAGAAAUAUUCCUAUUAAUGAAAAUAAAAUAAAUGAUAUAGAUAUAAUAUGUGAUGAAGAUGAUAAAGAAUUCUUUCAAAACAGAAGAAACAUUUAUAUUCAACAUUCAACACAUAGUGAACAAAAACUAUUUUCUUUAAUAGAUACAUGGUUUACAUAUUCAAAAAAUAUGUGUUUAAAUUUUUUUGAUAUUAUUCACAAAAUAACAAAACUCAGUUCUAUUAAAACUAUAAAAACAUAUGAACAGCCAAUCUCUUCACAAAUAAAUCAAGUAAUGUUUGAAUUACCAUCAAUAAUAGAAAAAUCAUAUCCUCAAAAUAUAAGUUAUGAUAUCAUUGGAAAGGAUCUAUAUGAUUACUUAAAUAACGACAAGGAGUUUAAUCUCAACAAGUAUAUAUAUGACGACGAGGCUUAUUAUAAAAAGUUCUUGUUAAAUGCUAUACAAAAUUUAAAGGACAACCAGGAAGAUAGCGAGUUAUUAAAAAGUCAAAGACAAAUUUAUAAGAUAAAAAAAAAAUAUAAUAAAAAGGAGAAUAAGGGAAAAGUCUUAUCAAAUGAACCCAUACCCAAAUUAGUUAAUUUUAUGCUUCCUGAGCCAAGGGAUAACAAAAUUGAUAACAAUUAUGAAUACAUGGACAACCCAGAUUUUAUCAACGUACUUCUAUCAUCCUUAUUUCAAGAAUAA